AUGGAUCUCAUCAACAAUUUCUUGAAUCUCAUCAUUGACCGUAUAUCUCAAACUGCCUUUUCCUUCGUUUUCCCACUUUAUUUCUUCUUCAAGCUUCUUUUAUUCCCAAUAAGAUCCUCUUUCGCCGAAGAUGUCGCCGGAAAAGUUGUUCUCAUCACCGGAGCAUCCUCAGGAAUCGGCGAGCAUGUAGCUUACGAGUACGCUAAAAGAGGAGCUUAUUUAGCGUUGGUUGCCAGAAGGGAACACCGUCUCCGGGAAGUUGCGGAGGUGGCGGAGAUUUUGGGCUCACCUUUUGCUUUACUUAUUCAUGCUGACGUCUCCAACGUUGAUGAUUGCAAACGCUGUGUUCAAACAACUCUCACUCACUUCGGACGUUUGGAUCACUUGGUUAACAACGCCGGGAUAACCAGCAUCAACUUGUUCGAAGAAUAUGACGACCCAAGAAACGUUGCAUCAGUAAUGGACACUGACUUCUGGGGAACGGUUUAUUGCACUUAUUACGCCAUUCCAUACCUCAAACAAACAAGAGGCAAAAUCAUCGGAAUUGCUUCCUCCGCCGCCUGGCUACCCACCCCUCGCCUCAGCUUCUACUCUGCAAGCAAAGCAGCAGUGAUAAGUUUCUACGAGACGUUGAGAGUUGAAAUUGGGAGAGAUAUCGGAAUUACGAUUGUGACUCCGGGAUUGACGGAGUCCGAAAUGACGCAGGGGAAAUUCAUGUUCGAAGAUGGGAAGAUGUACCUGGAUCAAGAAUUGAGAGAUGCGGUAAUGAGUGUAAUGCCGAUAGAGGCGGUGGGCAGUGCAGCAAAGGCCAUUGUGAACGGUGGCUGCAGAGGAGAUGAGUAUGUGACGGAACCGCCGUGGAUAAGGAUGACGUUUUACUGGAAAAUGUUUUUGCCGGAGAUGGUCGAGUGGUUGAAUUACUUGUUUAUUAUGACCGGAAGUUCACCGACGGAGAGUUUCGGGAAAAGGGUACUCGAGUUUACAGGAUUGAAGCCCUUCAUUUAUCCACCUUCGGUGCGAUGCUCGCAACUGGAAUAUGAUUAG